AUGCAGGAGAACUAUGCGAACAGGACCUCACAGGGAUCUCCGAUUCCCAAACCCAACACUGUCUCCCGGCGGCAACAAGAGGAAGAGCCAUGGGUCCCGGAUCUCCAAGGCUCUGGGGAAAGGGAGAACCCGAGAGGAGACUGCCCAGUGCAGGGAAUUGACUCCUGUUCAGAUCAUCCCACUCGCCUCGGGGAAAUAUUCAGGACCCGCAAAGACUCCCUGUUGCGCAAGGGCCCGCGCCCCAGGGAGAGACUGAACACAUGCAAAGACUGCGGGAAGAGCUUCCGUCAGCGGUCCAACCUCCUGGCGCAUCAGAGGACCCAUGGGGGAAAGAGACCCCACCCAUGCGCUGACUGUGGCAAAACCUUCGGUGCCUUCUCCAACCUCCUGCGGCACCAGCGUGGGCACGCCGGCGAGAAGCCCUACAAAUGCCCCGACUGUGGGAAAGGCUUCGGGCACAGCUCGGCCUUGGUCACCCACCGGCGGAUCCAUACCGGAGAGAAACCCUACGCCUGCGGGGACUGCGGGAAGCGCUUCAACGUGGUCUCCAACCUGGUGCGUCACCAGCGGAGCCACACGGGCGAAAAGCCCUACAAGUGCCCCGACUGCGGGCGGCGCUGCAGCCAGCGCUCCCACCUGGUCACCCACCGGCGGCUGCACACCGGCGAGCGUCCCUAUGUCUGCCUGGAGUGCGGGAAGUGCUUCAACGUCAGCUCAGACCUCAUCAAGCACCGGCGCAUCCACACCGGGGAGCGGCCCUACGCCUGCAGCGACUGCGGGAAAUGCUUCAGCGGCAGCUCCAACCUGCUGACCCACCAGCGGCUGCACACGGGCGAGCGGCCCUACAAGUGCCCCGACUGCGGGAAAGGCUUCACCAUCAGCUCCAAGCUGAUUGCCCACCAGCGCACCCACACCGGCGAGCGGCCCUACAGCUGCGCCGACUGUGGGAAGGGCUUCAGCGACCGGCCCCACCUGGCCCGUCACCAGAGCGCCUCCCGGCGCGAAAAGCGCUACAAGUGCUCCGACUGCGGGAAGGGCUUCACCACCAGCUCCUACCUCCUCACCCACCAGCGCAGCCACACCGGGGAGACCCCCUUCAUCUGCGGCGACUGCGGGAAGAGCUUCGCCGUGGUCUCCAACUUGGUGCGGCACCGGCGCAUCCACACGGGAGAGAAGCCCUUCCGGUGCGGUGAGUGCGGGCGGCAGUACAGCCAGCGAGCCCACCUCACCACCCACCAGAGGGUGCACACCGGGGAGCGGCCCUACGUCUGCCUGGACUGUGGGAAAGGCUUCAACGUCAACUCCUCCCUCACCAAGCACCGCAGGACCCACACCGGAGAGAAACCCUACGUCUGCCCCGACUGCGGGAAACGCUUCAGCCAGAGCUCCAAUGUCAUCACCCACCGCAGGCUGCAUCACGGGGGCCAUGGCUGCAGAAUAACAUCCACAUUUCGCUCCAGAUUGUCCCAUUCUCCUGAGGGGCCGGGUAGAGGAAUGGCUGCAGUGAAGCCGAUUCAGGUGCCAGUGACCCUAGGGGAGGUGGCUGUGUAUUUCACCGAGGGGCAGGGGGCUCUGCUGGACCCCGGUCAGAGUGCCCUCUACAGGGACGUCAUGCAGGAGAAUUACGAGACGUGCAGGGAAGGACUCAUGUCUGGAUUCUCUAUCCCGGCACAUGAUGGGACGGUGAGUGAGAACCAGGGGAGAAAUCCUCAGCAGGAUUGUCCUGAACAAGUGGAACCCCAUGGGACAUUAUCAGGAAGAGCUGAAGGGCAUGUCUCCCAGGACCCCGAGCGGGGAGAAGGCUGUGGGAUUCAGCACAGGCUAAAGAGGCAGCAGGGAAAUCAUCCAUCAGAGAAAGGUGGCAAAUCCAACAAUGGUGUGGGAGGUUGCAAGGGCCUCAAGGAAACCCCAGCCCAGCCGAGAAACCCCGAGGGGGAGAGAAGACACACGUGUACGGAGUGCGGGAAGAGCUUCAAACGGAGCUCCAACCUUAUCACCCAUUGGCGGAUCCACACCGGGGAGAGACCCUACAAAUGCUUUGACUGCGGGGAAAGCUUCAACGUGAGCUCCAAUCUCAUCACGCACCGGAGACUCCACACGGGGGAGAAACCUUAUAUGUGCCCCGACUGCGGGAAAAACUUCAUCGUGAGCUCACAGCUUACUAUACACCAGAGGAUCCAUACAGGAGAGCGACCCUAUCAGUGUCCCGAGUGCGGGAAAAGCUACAUCCAGAGCUCAGCCCUGGUUAAGCAUCGGAGAACACACAUGGCAGAAAAACCCUACAAGUGUCCCGAAUGCGCAAAAAGCUUCACUGUGAGCACCGCCCUCAUUAGGCACCAGAGACUGCACAUGGGCAAGCGAUCCUAUACAUGCCCCGAGUGCGGAAAAAGCUUCGGUGUAAACUCAGACCUUAUCCGACACCAGAGACUACACACAGGAGAGAGGCCUUAUAAAUGCCUGGACUGUGGGAGAAGCUACACACAAAGCUCAGCUCUGAUUAGGCAUCAGAGAAUCCAUACAGGAGAAAAGCCUUAUAAAUGCCCCAGUUGCGGCAAGAGCUUCAGCCAAAGGUCAAAUCUCAUUAAACACCAGAGAAUCCACACGGGAGAAAAACCGUAUAGAUGCGGCGAAUGUGAAAAAUGUUUUAGCACCAGCUCAAAUCUCGUAACGCAUCAGAGACUCCACAGUAGAGUCUGUUAG